AUGGGCCUUUUUCUCCGCUUCAAGCUUCUGAAUGGUCCUCUUUUAGUAUCUAAAAAUAAUGCAUCUCAAUAUCCAAUAUCCAAUAAUUAUAUAGUUGAAACAAAGUUUUUUGAAAGAAGUCUUAUCUGUAAAACUAAAUAUAUUUCAGUUUCAAAAGUAUACUAUACAAUUAAUUGGAAAAUCGGUUAUAUAGAGUGGAGUAUUAGUAGUACCCAAUCUUCAACAGCUGUUAUUAAUAUAUUUUUACAGCCACUAUAUCAUAUUUAUUCACAAAUUAGGUUUCAACUUAUUACUGCUAUUAUAACAGAAGUUAAUAACCAAAAAAGACCACUUGAAGAUAUUACUUCUCAUUCACAGCAAAAUAAAAGUUUUAACAGUUUCAGAAGGGAUAUGCAAAAAGCAGUUAAUGAAUUGAUUGUUAAACAUAAGCUGAGAAAUUUAUCUAAAAAGUCAAUUUUAUAUAUAUAG